AGAGAGCGGCCCUGACAAAGAAUGCUUACCUUGUGGUGCCGUGGAUACUGUGCGAGGGCUCUACCAUAUUAUACCAGACCUGCGCUGCUUUCAACGCGAAUGACAGAUUCACAAAGACAGAAGAAUCACUACUUAUCCUGGACACAUUGAUUGGCUUCGCGGCGAUCGUUUACGUUACCCUGACAGGCAUUUCGUGGCUGCAGAUGGAACCAUCCACACGUAGACACUGCGCGACUGGAGACGAUGCUGAGGCGAGACUACUACAUCCAUACUCGGCUGCGGGUGAUCCGGAGGGUCAACCACUAUUGAAGGCCAGGAAGAAGACAAGUUUGUGUACGUCCAAAACUUCACCGAAGCCAUGGAAGCGAUACAAAGUUUCGUUGUUGGAGAAACUGGCGGCACGAGAGAUCACUGGGGGCAGACGUAUCCGCUUCCAGGCACCAAAGUGUAGCCCGAACAAAAAGCGCAAAGUCGCCCAAAGGGCGUUUGAUACGACGGCGUCUCUAUCGUCCGUGGACGCCACUCGCAAUGAAGAUAGUUCAGUUUUGUGUUGUGUAGGAGGGGACUCACUCGUAAAGUGUGUGAAGCCAUUUGACAUUGUACCGAGGGCAGUUUUUUGCUUUAGAGAACGGUUUGGUGAUGGAUCAGCUCGCAGCACGGCAGCGGACGGAAAUAAUACUGAUGGACAAUGUACUAUUGUAGACUGCGAUUAUUGGCCGUGUAACGAGUCGGCAUCGCCCAGUAAUGGAAUGAUCGGUGACGUUCACCUCCAAUCAGGGACUAGCACCCCAAAAGAGAGAAUGGACUGCGACACUGGGAGAUGCUUUAGAGGUCAGGAAACUGGAGUGGAGAACAUAUAUGACGUGCCGGAGUAUAUAGAAGAGACGACAGGAAACGUUGGUCCAUCGAAUGUUAACGCAUCAGUCAGCGAAUUAAAAGGUGAAGUGUCUGCCAAUGAGGUCUCUUCUUCUGAAAUACAAAAAUUCACAACUAACGGGGAUCUGAAGUUGCAUGACGUCUGCCGCAGUAUAGUGUGCUGCGGGGAAGAUCUUCGAGCGAGAGAUCCAUUCAUUACAACGGACAGUUUGAUCUGGAGCAGAAAUCUAAAUAUUAGUGUGGAUGGCAAUGGUGUGGAAUCCUCGACUGGUAACGAAGAGCUAACGUGCCAACAAGCUGAAACUAUUAGUGGGAGGUCAUCGCCGGUAAACAUAAGACCACCAGGAACACGCAGACCAGGAAAUAUUUGGAUGUGGGCUGCGCCUGAAUCGACCAAACGCUUGUUGUUAAGUGGCGGGGAGGGCCUCGGAUAUGUGUACUCGGCUUCAGAUAUGGACCUGGUUGUGUUCGGUCGAAAGGGUAGCAUGUACCAAGGCUCUUUAGUCAGCAUUGAGACUUCCUCUGUGAGAGACAGCGUUGGUGUAGUGUUGCAUAGAAAGCGCGCCCCAGGAAUAGAACCGACGUACAGGAACAGCUGGGACGGCAGUAUCGCGGAUAUAGGUGCCACAAAGUUUCUGCAGUGGAUCCCUACUCUGUCCGGUACUUCACUGAAAAGUCAGAGCUGGUCCUCCCUUUCACAGACCACAUCAGAAUUUUUGGAAGAACAUAUGAAACGGCAGGCUUCUCACACACAGAACAGUCCGUUUGUUCCCAACGGAUUUUCUGCGGAUUGGCUGUACGAUGGCAGUAAUGAAAUGGACCGUAAUACCGGUAGUUACGAGAGGGGCCGUGAUUCCAUUGAUCAGAAAUAUGGGAAAAUACGAGCGUCAGAUCCCGGGGUGGACACCUCGGGCGAAGAUCUCGUGGACCAUGCAAAAAAACGGCAAAAUUCCACGAUGUAAUCUGAAGCGUUCAGACUACUGAUUUGCAGGAGGAGUGAAGUAAUUUCCACUCACUGUUAAUAAA